AUGGUUAAGUCACGAUUGAGUCAAGAAUGCGAAGAUGGCGUCGAACAAUUCCUCAAUUUUGCAUUUGCCAACUCAAGUGAAGAUGAUAGGAUCAUUUGCCUUUGCAUAAAGUGUGUGAAUAUCCAUUGGCGAACACGUGAAACAGUGCUUGAGCAUUUAGUUUGUGAUGGCAUUCUACAAGGUUACACAUGUUGGUUUUUUCAUGGAGAGCGUGUACCGUCAUCUAUCCAUGAGCCAACAAACAUAUUUGCAGCUCCAUCAAGCUCCAAUCCUCACUUCCAAACUUCUCGUACAAGACCAGAUAGUUUGGAAGAAUUAUUGCGGGAUGCUUUCAACAUCCAUCAAGUUGAUAACAAGGGCCUACCAUCUAUUGCUGAUGAAUUCAACGUUGAGGUGAAUGAUGAAGGUGAAGCUCCUAUAGAAGUUGAUGAAUGGCCUUCUAAAGAAGCGGCAAAGUUUUACAAGUUGCUUGAAGAUAUGAAUGACAAACUUUAUGAGGGAUCGCAACAUUCUAGAUUGUAUUUUUGCAUUCGACUUUUCCAUUUGAAAUGCAUGUCCGGGAUGACUGCUAAAGGCCUUGACCACUUGAUUGAAUUUUUAAAAGAAUUUUUUCCCUCAGCGGCUAUUCUUGAAAGUAGUCGUGAGUCGAAGAAAGUUAUUAAGGAUUUAGGUCUUAGGUAUGAAAAAAUCUAUAGUUGUCCAAAUAAUUGCAUGCUAUAUUGGGAGCAUAAUGAAGGUCAGCAAUCUUGUCAAAUUUGUGGUCGUUCUCGAUGGGUGUCCACCGAUUCUGGUGAAUGUUUGAAUGAUGACAAUGAAGUGGUUCACAAGAGACCUGCGAAGGUUUUACGGUAUUUUCAAUUAAUACCACGAUUGCAGAGACUUUUCAUGUCGACUAAGACUUCUGCUGAUAUGAUUUGGCAUGCUAAUGGUCAGACCAAUGAUGGACUGUUACGACACCCUGCUAAUACUGAGGCAUGGAAAUCAUUUGAUGCAAGAUAUCUUGACUUCGCUUCUGAUCCUAGAAAUGUGAGGCUUGGUCUUUCUUCGGAUGGGUUUAACCCAUUCAAAUUAUUAAGUACUUCUUAUAGCACUUGGCCAGUGGUGUUGAUUCCUUAUAACUUGCCACCGUGGAUUGGGAUGAAACAAACUUCUUUUCUUUUGUCAAUGAUUAUUCCUGGAGACAAAGGGCCUGGAAAUAAUAUUGACAUAUACUUACAACUUCUUAUUAAAGAGUUAAAGCAAUUAUAG